AUGCCUACCCUUCGAUCUGGCACCAACACUUCGCCUGGCACUUCGGCCGCGGCCGUUACCCAUGAAGACCCGACCGUUUCCCUCCGUCUCCCACCAUUUUGGAGUCAAGACCCGGAACUUUGGUUUGCGCAGGUUGAGCGCCAAUUCGACGCCCGGCAUAUCACAGCGCAGACGUCCAGAUUUGGCCAUGCCGUUAGCGCCCUUCCAGUCGAAAUCGCUGCUGAGAUCCGUGAUCUCAUUCUCAGUUCACCAGCGCAAGCUCCGUAUGACACGCUAAAGCGCGAGCUCCUUGAUCGAACAGCGCUCUCCAUCCAUCGCCGCUUACAACAACUGCUGGGCGCAGAGGAACUUGGCGACCAAAAGCCUUCACAGUUACUUCGCCGUAUGAGGCAGCUUACGGGAAGCACACCUGUUGACCCGGCUAUUAUGCAAGAACUAUUUCUUCAGCGCCUUCCAUCCGACAUACGCGUUGUCCUCACGGCUGCUGGUGAGAUGUCGUUGGAUGAUCUUGCCCGCCUCGCCGACCGCAUUCUCGACUUACGUACCACUCCAUCUUCCUCGGCAUCUCAUCCCUAUCUGCGCUUCGCGCGCUGCGCAUCUUCUCCAUCCGUCUCAGCCAGCUGCCCUGUCCAUCCCCGAAUCCGCCGUUCAGCCUAUCGCCACAGACCUCACGGCGACUGUCAACAGCCUGCACUGCAGCGUAAAUCGUCUGACUGA